CCUAUUGUUGCAAACCUUUACAUAGUUUUGCUGCAUUAAUUUUCUGCAAUGAAUUGUGCGGAAUAUCUUAGUGCUAGAUUGGUUAUCAGCUUUUAGAUUUGGACCUUAUGUUCUAACAAUCGUUCUAUUUGACCAAUCUUGCUUUGGUCAAAAGUUCCAAUUUUGUUAUCUAUUAUAUUACCUACGUUUUCUAUCUUGCAAUUCUUUGUUACUUCACUUUGAUUAGUAAGGCAGAACUUGUUAUGGAUUACAAAUAUCCUAUAUAUGGAUUUUUUUUAUUCAUCUGAUUCGAAUUUCUUCCACUGCUUUCUCUUUAUUGUGGAUAGUGGUCUCAUAAGAUCUAAGAAGCGACCUGGUUAUGUUUUUCCAAGUGUUCAUUGUAAAAGUUAUGUCAAUGAGGGUUGGCUCCAAUGCAUUCUUGUUUAACUAGCAGGGUUGGUGGUUACUGUUCUUGUCAAGAUCAAAUAUACCUGCAAAAAAAAAAAAGCCCUAUUUGACUUGUUUGAAUACACAAACUUAAUAGUAUAGCUAUGUGGCUAUCAUUUAAGGGUUCAUUGGUUAUAUGGUGAAUUCGAGUUGCUCGAGUAAUGCAAUUCCAGACGAGAUGUUAGGUUGGAAAUUGUUGGGUAGAUUUUCUUUUUAAGGAUCUCUACAGUCAAAACAGAUGGUUGUGUAACUUUAUUCAGUUGGUCUACUGUUGGAAAUUGUUGGGUAGAUUUUUUUUUUAAGGAUCUCUACAGUAAAAACAGAUGGUUGUAUAACUUUAUUCAGUUGGUCUACUGACUUAACUUGCGAUGACUAGUAUAUUUUUUAAACUGAAGAAAGUGUAUGACCUUUGCACAGCACAAGAACAUUUGAAGCAGAUCAUAUAUGUUUUUCUGACGUCCUGUUUCUGCCCUCAAAUAAUCUGACAAGAUACUAGUCAAAUGCAACUUUCUUUCAUGUUCAUUGCAAUAUUGCAGCUUAUAGCUUCACUAGGCAGUGACAGCAAAAAUAUUUGAGUGUGGGAUUAGUCUUAAUGCAUGGAAAUAUUUAUUCCUUGCCCUUGUUUUGCACCUGCAAGAACACAUUGAUCUCAAAGACCGGUUCCUGGUCUUGAUGCAUGAUGCAUGGCAUGGUUGGUUGCUUGAAGUGCCUAAUUCACUUGAAGAUAUACCUCUUUUCAAUGGUCAUUCCAGAUUUCAUAUUUUGAUUAAUGCAGAGGAAAUGAUCAAAUGUGUAGCCUGCCUGUUUUGGAGGAAAAGCUUCUUGUGUUAUUACGUGAUGGGCGAAAGCUUUUGGGCAUUCUUCGUUCUUUUGACCAAUUUGCAAAUGUGGUUCUUGAAGGUGCUUGUGAUCGAGUAAUUGUAGGAGAUCUGUACUGUGAUAUUCCUCUAGGUCUCUAUGUGAUCCGUGGAGAGAAUGUGGUCUUAAUAGGAGAACUGGACUUGGAGAGGGAGGAGCUCCCAGCCCACAUGAUAUGUGUUUCAGCUGCGGAGAUAAAAAGGGCUCAAAGAGCUGAAAGGGAUGCCACAGAUCUCAAAGGCUCUAUGAGAAAGAGGAUGGAAUUUCUUGAUCUGGAUUAACAUCAUGCUCUGCAAUCCUCACUCAUUCAUUACCAUUUUUGGGGUGCUUCAAAGAUCUUGUCUGCAACUUUUAUUGCGGUUUAUUUCAAAAUGGCUACAUAAAUCCCCUUUGCGAUUGUUAGUUCUUCUGAUAAAAUUGAAAAUUAGGGUUUGUAUGAUUGCUUUUUGUUCUGGUAAUUAAUCGAAACUUGAUUGAAAGUUUCAUAUUUUCA